AUGUAUAAAUAUGGUGUUGAAUAUCUAUUUCGAUUUUAUACAUAUGAUAUAGAAAAACAUUUUCGUCAACAUGUAUUUGAAGAUUUUCAACAUGAAACUCUUUGUAAUCAUGAAGCUGCAUUUUUAAAAUAUUCUCGACAAAAACUAAAAAUCAAUCCAAAACUUGAAGAUUUUCGUCUUGAUGGUGCAUCAUUUCCACAACAAUUUUUUCCAACAAAAUCAAAUUAUAGUAAUUGA